AUGAUCGAGACACGACUCCCGAAAUGUCGCGACUACCAGGGGAAGCUUCGUCUGCAGCACUCACCAGGCGAGAAAACGCCACUGAUACACGACACUUUAUGUAAAGUGCUUGCCGAGACUCCCGGAGUUCGAUCGUGGAAGAAAAAUCCUAACGACAUGUUGUUUGCUGCGAGAUUCGGUGAAACGCCAGCAAUAAUUUGGAGGGUUGUUUCGAAACAAUCACCUUACCAAAAGAAGUCAAGAUCUGCAAGAUCAACG